AUGGCUCAUACAGGAAGCACUUGGACUGAAGGGCUCGCGCUCUUGGUGUUUAUUCUCAUUUUGGCGUGUCUUCAGAGCACCGAGUCAUGUUCUCCCUCCCUGCUGGAAUCUCUCCAGUUACCUUCAAACACAGAGUACGAGAUCGUGGCUCCGUAUGAGGUGGACCGUCGCGGCCGCUACGUUUCCCACGCCGUCGCUCAUCAUCAUCGCAGGAAGCGCUCGCUAGAGCAUCAUGGGAUUGACCUCACCUCCACAGCCCACUUUCAGCUCCGCGGUCUCGGACAGAACUUCCACAUGGAGCUGCGUCCCUCUGUCGGUCUCAUCGCUCCAGGAUUUACCGUCCAAACUCUGGGUAAAAAUGGCACCGAGAAGCUCAAUACCUUCCCUGGAGAAGACUUCUGCUUCUAUCAAGGGUCACUGAGGUCAAAGGUCAACUCAACAGUGGCAUUAUCUACGUGUGCCGGGAUGUCAGGUCUGAUCCGCACCCAGGACGCUGAUUAUUUCCUGAAGCCGCUCCUCCUGCACCAGUUACAGAAUGAAAACUACACCACAGCAGCACCAGAACACCAUCCGCACAUCCUCUACAGGAUACACACACAUACACCGGAACGUUCGGACGGAGCCAAACGCCGUCACCGACGUCACGGUCACCGUGACGACUAUGCACGCAGAACAAACCAGAAACAACACUACUGUGGAAGAAGGAAGAAAUAUAUGCCGCAACCUCCCGCUGAGGAUGUUUAUGUUUUUCCUGAUGAGUAUAAAUCGGUGCAGAGAGAAAGGCGAGCAGCGACGCUAAGCACUAAUCCCAGACUCAAUGUGGAGAUGCUGGUGGUCGUGGAUCAGAAGAUGAUGGAGAAUCAUGGACGAGAGAACAUCACCACAUUCGUCCUCACCGUCCUCAACAUGGUCUCCACCCUGUUUAAGGACAGAACGAUCGGAGGAGACAUUAAUGUCGUGAUUGUGGGUUUGAUUCUCCUGAGCGCAGAGCAGGACGGUUUGGUGAUUAGUCAUCACGCUGAUCACACUCUGAGCAGUUUCUGUCAGUGGCAGUCGGCUCUGGCGGGUCGUGAAGGUCGUCGCCAUGAUCACGCCAUCCUGCUCACGGGAUUAGACAUCUGCUCCUGGAAGAACGAGCCGUGUGACACGCUGGGCUUCGCUCCGAUCAGUGGGAUGUGUAGUAAAUACCGGAGCUGCACCGUUAACGAGGACACAGGACUCGGACUCGCCUUCACCAUCGCUCACGAGUCCGGCCACAAUUUUGGAAUGGUCCAUGAUGGUGAAGGAAACGUGUGUAAGAAGUCCAUAGGGAACAUCAUGUCCCCGACGCUAGCAGGAGACAAUGGACUCUUCUCCUGGUCGUCCUGCAGCCGUCAGUAUCUCACGCAAUUUCUCAGCACUGCUCAAGCCACAUGUCUUUCGGAUGAACCGAAGGCGAUGGAGGAAUACAAGUAUCCGGAGAAGCUUCCUGGUGAACUCUAUGACACAGACACUCAGUGCAAAUGGCAGUUUGGAGAAAAAGCCAAACUCUGCACACUGAACUUCAAAAAGGACAUCUGUAAGGCUCUGUGGUGUCAUCGCGUCGGCCGAAAAUGUGAGACCAAAUUCAUGCCGGCGGCUGAGGGCUCCAGCUGUGGCCCCGAAAUGUGGUGCCGUCGUGGAGUGUGUGUGAAGCGGGGUGAUGAAGGUCCUCGGCCUGUUUAUAGUCACUGGUCCGAGUGGUCCGACUGGUCGAGCUGCUCCAGGACAUGUCAGAGUGGUGUGACGUACCGAGAGCGACAGUGCAACCACGAGCAUGUGAAUGGAGGGAGUGUGUGUGAGGGCAUGUCUCGUGUCUAUAAACUGUGUAACACAUUGGACUGUCCUGCAAGUGCGGCGGAUUUCAGAGAGGCUCAGUGUGCAGAGUUUAACACAAAGCCCUUCCGUGGCCUUUACUACAAAUGGAAACCUUACACACAGUUUAAAGAUCACGAUGUGUGUAAGCUCUACUGCCUCGCUGAAGGCUACAACUUCUUCUUUGCACUUUCCAACAAAGUCCGUGAUGGUACACGGUGUAUACUGGACAGCAACAAUGUGUGUAUCAAUGGCGUGUGUGAGAGAGUGGGUUGUGACCAAGAAUUGGGUUCAACAGCAGUACUGGACAUGUGUGGUGUCUGUAAUGGCAAAAACUCUACCUGCAAACUCUUCAAAGGACGAAACACAAAGCAGCAUUAUUCCAACCAGUACUAUGGAGUGGUCACUAUCCCACAAGGUGCCCGUAGUAUUCGUGUGGUGGAGUCAAAUUCCUCCAGAUCUUUUCUUGCCCUGAGGAAUACACACAGGAAAUACUAUCUAAAUGGUCAUUGGAAAGUGGACUGGCCUGGACGUUACUCGAUUGCCGGAUCAGUUUUUGACUACAAACGGCCCUAUAAUGGUCUUGAGACUCUGACCUCAACAGGGCCCACCAGUGAAACUCUAGUGGUUGAAAUCCUGCUGCAGGGCUCAAACCCUGGUGUGCGGUGGGAAUAUACAUUAUCCAAAGCCAAGACAGAGAAGGUAACCAAGCCCAAACACAAAUACACAUGGGCUGUGAUUCGCUCCGAGUGCUCUGCUACUUGUGCUGGAGGUGAGAUGAAAACGAAGGCAGCGUGUUACAAGGAUCAGCGAGUCCAAGUGAACACGUCCUACUGUAACCCCAAAUCUCGGCCCAAAACCGGCACGAGCUCCUGUAACACCCAGCCCUGCCCUCCCAGAUGGAGUGUGGGAGACUGGCGUGUGUGUAGCCGUACGUGUGGUUCAGGGGAACAGAGUCGACAGGUGCAGUGUGUUCAGACGGCGAGUCACACUCGGGUGAAGGUGUUGAGUGAUGCGCAGUGUGUUCAGCCUCCACCUGCACGCACACACACCUGUAACACACACUCCUGCCCUCCCACGUGGCGUGUCGGUGCCUGGACUCAGUGUUCACGCAAGUGUGGUAAGGGUGUGCAGAGGAGGGCAGUAGUGUGUGUGCACAGAAAUCCGGGAUCACGUGACCUUGUUGUCCCAGACAGCGAGUGUGUGCUUCUGUCCAAACCACACAGCCUGGAGAACUGUGUCCUGAAACCCUGCCCAAGAGCACACACCACUCACUGGAGCUUCACUCACUGGCAACAGUGUUCAGUGACAUGCGGUACAGGUGUUCAGCUUCGCUCUGUGCAGUGUGUGGAGAAGGACGUGACGGGGAAACACAGAGCUCUGACGGAGAAGAAGUGCCAACACACACCCAAACCAUCAGCCGAGCUGCAGAGAGCGUGUGUUCAACCUGACUGCAUCAACACACGCCGCUCUCACACACCACAGUGGUACACAUCAACCUGGUCUCAGUGUACAGUGUCGUGUGGUGGUGGUGUACAGCUCCGCUCCGUUCAGUGUCUCCUCCACAGACGCCCCUCGUCCACUUGUUCCCUUCAUCUGAAACCGGCCGCGUCUCAAAUCUGCAACGCUCACUUCUGCCCUCAGCAGCACAAAGACACCAUGUGUAAGGACUCGUACAGUUGGUGUCACCUGGUGCUGCGGCACGGAGUGUGUAACCAUCACCUGUACAGGACGCAGUGCUGUCUCUCCUGCUCAAACACCAACUUCUGAUCUGCGUCAGCAAAUAAAAUUACAGAUUAGCAUGUUAGCACAUGAGACACACACAUAUAUACACACACACACAUAUACACACCAGUGUGUCUGGAGUGUGUGGAGCAGCUCACGCCAGACUGAGAUGCAGGAAGGUAUGGACACGCGUUGAAGAUGGACACUGAGGAGACAGACAGAGGGAGAUCUCUGCAGUCCGUCACGUGAAAGGUGAAAAUUUAGGACACGCCCAUUUCCUGAGAUGACAGUGAUUUGGUUCUGCAAGUGUGUGCCGUGACGCGAGGACUCUGCAAUUUUGCAUUUGCACAAAACAUUUUUGCAUCAAAGUGACUCUGCUUUUUGGAGAAUGCUUUUCGGAGAAUGUUGAGCUUUGUGCCGUGGACUGACUGAAAAAUCGGUUUCAUGAGUUACACUGUACUAAAAAGGAAAUCAAUAAAAACAAUAUGAAACAAACGUCACGGUUUCUGUUGAAAGUGAACAUUAAACAUUAAAGCGUGUUGUUUCACUGAGGCCUUUCCCAUGACAAUUUCAUGAUCAUCAUACAUCUGGGUCAAUCAAUCCUCAGCUUGUGAAAUCACCACCUGAGGACUUCUGUCUCACCUUCUUGGACUGACUUCAUACUUUCUGGAAAUAAUGAGACUAUUCCUAGUAAAUAGUGUGCAAAAUUUCAAGCUUGUAUCUGCAUUAGUUUCUGAGAUCUAGAGGAGGCGUGGUCAUACUUUUACUGUUAAAACGAGUACGACGUGGAAAGUUUCAAACUUGUAUAAGUCAUUACUUUUGAACUGUUCGUGCAAGAUGCGUGAAAUUCUCAGAGAUUGUUGUCUAAUAUCAGAUGUCUUUAAAUUCUGAAGCAGAAGUUUCACAGUUGCAUAUUUGCCCAUUUA